AUGGCUGAUUCGAACAGCCAACAACAUCGAACUGUUGCCGGUGGUACGGGGAUACCCAACCUCAAUGAUGAUCCUGGUUCACCCUUAAAUGUUGUCCCACACAAUCUUUCACUUCAUUUUGCAUUUAAUGAAGAUGAAGAUGCUUUGGGUGAGAAUAGAGUUUCACCAGAUCCUGAACCUAUUUCUUCAGAGCUUCCAGCCUCACUUCUGAAUCAAAAUGGCCCAAAUGAUGAUGAAGAUGGUGUUCAGGAUUGUGUUCAUGCGGACGAGGAAUUUUAUGUUCACCACACACCCAAUGGGACUAGAAUGUGGUGUCCUAAUAUUCCUAUUGUUUUAAAGCCUGUUGUUGGUUCUGUAUAUGAAACGUGGAAGGAUGUGUUCAAUCGUCUCAAAGAAAGAUCUGAGAGCUUACCAGACUUUUACUAUGAUUUUGUUGUUGAGAAAGGGCAAUUGAGAUCGAUUUUUUGGGCAGACGAAAUUUCCAAGAUAAACUACGAGGUGUUUGGGGAUGUGUUAGCUUUUGAUGCGACUUAUCACACUAACAAGUACAACAUGAUUUUUGUUCCUUUCACUGGCGUUGAUAAUCAUAAACAAUGUGUGACAUUCGGUGCUGGCUUGCUAUUCAAUGAAACCACUGAGUCUUACAAGUGGUUACUUGAAUCAUUUCUGAAGGCACACAAGAAGCAACCAAAGUUAGUUCUGACGGACCAGGACCCUUCAAUGAAAGUUGCCAUUUCAGAGGUUUUCACAGACUCUCGGCACCGCCUUUGCAUGUGGCAUAUUAUGAAGAAACUUCCCACCAAGAUUGCUGGAGACCUGUUACAAAACUCUGAGCUAAGAGCAUUGAUGCAUCGUUUGGUGUGGAGUAUUCACAUGAAGCCAUCUACAUUUGAGACGCGUUGGCAACUUUUGAUGGAGGAAUAUGGGUUACAAGAUCACGACUGGUUAAAUGACAUGUACUCAAUUAGGGACCAAUGGGUACCUGCCUACUUCCGUGAUAUCCCAAUGUGUUGUCUGAUGAAGACUACAUCAAGAUGUGAAAGCUCUAACUCAAGCUUCAAGGUCAACUCUUCUAGCGCUAACACACUAGUUCAGUUCAUGCUAUGUUACGAAACUAGGAUAGACAAUCAGCGUUACAGGCAACGUGUUGCAGAGUUUAAAACUUCAUCUAGUGUAUUCAUGGACAGUACUGACUUAGCUAUUGAGAAGCAUGCUUUUGAGUUGUAUACACAUGCAAUUUCCACAGAAGUAAGAAAAGAGAUAUACAAGGGGAAGCUGUUUUGUUACAUUGUAAACACGGAGGAUUGUGAUGAUGUUUGUGUUUACUAUGUGAAUCAGUUGGACAAACGUAACAAUGCAACCAACACAUUCACGGUUAAACUUGAGUUGAGUAAUCAGUCGGUCUCCUGGUCAUGCAACAACUUCAUCCGUAUUGGAUAUCUGUGUAGGCACAUUUUUUGUGUUUACCGGGUAAACAAUAUUGAAAAAAUCCCGGCCCAGUUUGUUGUUAAGCGUUGGUCUAGGGACGUGCUUCCUAAAAGUUUAUUUUCUAUUGAGAGUCGAUAUGGCGUUGACACUCGUCCACAAGCUGCUGCGAGAAGUCAGAUUCUUGUGAUCGUAACUGAAUGUGUGGACGCAUUAAGAAGUGAUGUUGGAGGACUUUCUUCUUUCGCUGAGCAGAUUAAGGAACUGAAAUGCAAGUUACUAAAUGGAGGACCAGUUGAUGACGAAGCCAACAAUGAUAACUAUGCUACUGUUGAAGAAUUGCUUGGUGUUUCUUUAGAUGGGGACGUAACUCUCAAUAAUCCAGACGGGAUCAGGAACAAAGGACGCGGCAAACGCCGACGAUUGUCUAGAGCACCUCAGGAUGGAAUGAGCAACUCUGCUGUCAAACCUCCCAUAACACCCAGGCUUUGCCGAACCUGUAUGAAGUACGUGACUGGGCAUGAUUCAAGAAAUUGCAAGAAAAAGAAGAACAAGAAUAAAUCGAGUAAUGAGGACGAGGACGAGGACUCAAGCUCUGCGAGUCAGGAGUCCACUUGA